AUGCUGCCUGCGGGCAAUUCACUACUCCCAGAAAGACUGCAAGAGACUGCCCCAGUCACAGCCGCGCGCAUAGAGACCGAAGGGGCGAGGCUGAAAUACUUUAAACGGAGGAUUGCGUGGCCGAAGCAGCAACCGAGAAGCCCUGAAGACCGACCGCCAUCAACAGCGACUCCGGGAUACAGCGAUUCAGAUGAAUUUCCUGCGAUACGAAUAGCGUACUAUUUCGCCGGCUAUAUUCUUUCCACAGACAAGGCUUCAGCGGAGACUAUAGCUUUUGUUGGCAUCAUCCAACAGGUGCGAACAGGCAUUCACGAGGCAAAGACACUCUAUCUUUCAGCUACGGUUUCAAACUUUCUCGAUACUUAUCCAAGCAAGCGCGCAUGGAUCAAGGAGUCUUUGUAUGUGGCACAGCGAACCCUUAAUGAUAUCGGCAUGGAAUUGGAUUCAGCGUGGGUCAACGACGAAGACAGUGGCACGGCUGCAUCAAAACGCAAGCUUGAGUGGGUGCUGAAGAACCAGAAAAGGCUGCUAAAGAAACACCAGCAACUCAACCAGUGCCACGCUCAGUUGACUGGCGCCAUUCAUGUCAUGCAGACGGCGGAGUUGUGCGGCAAGCCUGGGGUCGUCGCACACGAGGCUAUUUACGAAGCCCCGGUGCGACCGUGGGUGCCCCACGACGAGAAGGAUGUGUUACGCGGUCCUUACUCGAGGCAAAAGCAUCGAAUAAGUCACAACUCUCCGUCCAUAUCAAAUCUUACACUACCACCAGAAGCCGAUAAAUAUGAUGCAGAAACAAUCUCCGUCAACUUGGCCCCGGUAGAGCUAGCAGGAUGUAUGCCCUCUGAUCUUCCCGAUAACCAAGAAAUGCAAGCUUUUUUGAGUCCUCAGGCUUACAACGAGGGUUUCCCUGCUAGUCCCGGUCUACUCAGAAGACAGCGAGCGUCUACAGACUAUGUUCGACCGGCCGUUAGAAGAGAAAUACGAGCUCGUGCAUCGAUUGACAUAGCCGCCCCGUCCUGGGAACUGGCCGAUACACCCCUUGGACGCCAUGAUUCGACAGCAUCUGCAGACGCUACAAUUGGUGUUCCAAUAAUCGCGAGAAGAUACCGGGCUACAUCGAUUGACAUUACAAGACAUACAGAAAGGCAGCGAUCGCUGCCUUUGGGACUGCCGCGUCUAAGGAGCCAGCCAUCUCUCCUGGAUGAUUUAGCUGACUUUGUUCACCCAAGUAUGGAAAGUGAAAACCUACAGGGAGAAAUGCUGAUCACGUCGCCGACUGGGUCGGUGCCAUCUAUCUCAAUUACAUCGACUCCGACAAUGGGUCAUGCUUUGCCUGUGGCCACGGAGACAAUAGCAAAGUAUGACUUGGUCACCGAAUCUACACUGCAGUCUACAAAAGAUUCUGAAGAGGGGGUCACUACACCCGAAAUAAUUGGACAGAACCAGGAAUAUAGCAGUCCAGAAGUUGCAGUCGACAGCCAAACUUGUGAAAGCUUCCUAUCCAAAAGGACAAAUUUAGCUGGAAUAGAUUGCACACCAGCACCAAUGUACCAGCACUGCUGGCCCUCAAGCGCAUCUUUAUCCUCAGGCUCUCCAGCCACUCUCACUCUCUUCGAAGACGACGAGCCCGUCCUCCGACCAAGCAGCCAGAGACCCUCUCGGCGCACAGCGAAAAGAACAUCACUCGCGUCCAGUAAUCUUUCCAUCGCCACAUCACCUUCACCUACAACCAGCACCAUUUUCGAGUUGGACGCCCAGCCCCCUGCUACGCCCUUGGCCUUUGACAGAUUGAAAAAUAAUGAGAACACGAAUCCAACCCCUUUUUCUCAACCAUCCUCUACGAUUGUCGUUGAGAAUGCCUAUUUCUCCUCCCAGCGCAUCUUGCCCAACCCGAAGGAGAUAACUGCAGAUCUACACGAUGAAGCAGUAUUAUCCGUGCUUCGUCGGAGACUCAAAAAACAUGUUCCGACGCAUACGCUAGCUCUAGAAAGUGGAUUGCCUUCAUUACCGUCUACUUCGUCGUCCGGUGAGAAUUGGGAGCAGCCAGCGGGGAAUACGACAAUGUCUUCGCAGGCUAAACGGCGAGCUGCACAGGCGAGAAGGAUGCAUUUGGCGUUUGGAAAGGAUGAUGAUAAUCAAAGGUAA